AGUACCCAUUUAUAUGGUUCAAGAAAUGGAGGGCUUGGUGGGAGGAGAUCCAGAGGGGCCAAGGGUUGGGAAUGGGUAUCAGUUAGGAUGUCCUAGGAGUGGAGAUGUGCUGGGCGAUCCGGCAUCCGGAAGGGAAGGGUCCGAGAAGGGGACAGCGAGGAGACAGCCUGAUUCUUCCAGGACGACGGGAGAGGGUCGCGGACUCCGCCGCGGGUCUAUGCCUCGGUUCUGGAAUCUGUUCUCCACCGUCCGUCCAUUUUGGAGCCGGAAAUGGUCUGUGUGUCUGUCCCCAGCACUCUGCAAGGCUAGAAAAGGAGGAGGAACCUGUCCAGAAUCUCUGCAGGACAAGGAAAAGAAGGGAAAAUUCAACAUGGAAAAACUCUACAAUGAAAAUGAAGGAAAGCUGGAAAUUGAGGGAAAGCCUGAAGAUGAAGUAGAGCCUGAAGAUGAAGGAAAAUCAGAUGAGGAAGAAAAGCUGGAAAUGGAAGGGAAGCCAGGGCAUGAGGGAAAGCUCCAGAAUAAGGGACAACCAGAUAAUGGGGGACAACCAGAAGAUGAAGGAAAGCAAGAAAAGCAGGGCAUGUCCAACAAUGAGGGAAAACCACACGGUGAGGGCAAGCCAGAAUCCCUGGCAAAGGCUGAGAGUGAACCACGGGCUGCCGAAAAGCGCCCAGCUGAAGAUUACGUGCCCAGGAAAGCAAAAAGAAAAACAGACAGGGGGACAGAUGAUUCCCCCAAGGACUAUCAGGAGGACUUACAGGAAAGGCACUUGGGCAGUGAGGAGAUGGUGAGAGAAUGUGGAGAUAUGUCAAGGGCUCAGGAAGAGCUAAGAAAAAAACAGAAAAUGGGUGGUUUUCACUGGAUGCAAAGAGAUGUACAAGAUCCAUUUGCCCCAAGGGGGCAGCGGGGUGUCAGGGGCGUGAGGGGCGGAGGUAGGGGACAAAGAGGCUUACAUGAUAUCCCAUAUCUUUAAUGCCUUUGGCCUUCAAUUUUGUUUUCUCUGAUGAGAAUAUUGCUGAUGCUGCUUUCCCUGGUAAGCAUUUGCCAGGCUAUGUGCUUUAACCUUAAGCUGAUAUUUUGUUUUAGGUGUCACUCUUGUUACCAGCAGCCUUUUGAUCCAGCUAUAAUGCUCUCUGCCAUUCAGUAGAGAAUUUUCAUCCAUGUGCAUGGAAAAGAUGUUCAUGGUACAUUGCAAAAAUAAUAAAGAUCAAAUAAUUUCAGAACCACAUAUGCAGUAUCAGCCCAUUUUUGUAAAAAUAUAAUACUUGCAUAAUGCAUUUCUGCACAGAGAAAACUCUGAAA